AAAAAGCCGAGAAGUUGCGAAAAAGGACAAGGAGUUUGCUGCUGAUAGCAGUGUGUACAAAAUAACAGUUACAACUUACUAGCCGUAUAUAUACACUAUUGGAGAUUGGUGGUGAACCAGCCAUACAGAAUGGAAUCAUUGACAAACUUACAAGUAUUGGAAGGACAUGAUGACCAGGUGUGGUGUGUAGCCUGGAACCCUACCGGUACACUGCUUGCUUCUUGUGGUGGGGAUAAGACAGUGAGAGUUUGGGGUCAGGAAGGGGAGGUAUGGGUCUGCAAGUCUGUGCUGUCUGAAGGUCAUCAAAGAACUAUAAGACAUGUUUCCUGGUCACCGUGUGGUAACUACCUAGCUAGUGCAAGUUUUGAUGCUACUAUUUGUAUCUGGAGUCGUAAAGAAGGAGAGUUUGAAUGUAUAGCUACACUAGAAGGUCAUGAGAAUGAAGUAAAGGCUGUGGCCUGGGCAUGUACUGGCAGUUUAUUAGCAACCUGUAGUAGAGAUAAGAGUGUAUGGAUAUGGGAAGUGACAGAAGAUGAAGAUUAUGAAUGUGCCAGUGUAUUGAGCUCACAUACACAAGAUGUUAAACACUGCACAUGGCAUCCAAACAAAGAGAUUCUUGCCUCUUGUAGUUAUGAUGACACAAUCAAACUAUACAAAGAAGAAAUUGAUGACUGGACAUGUUUUGCUACGUUAGAAUCCCAUGAGUCAACAGUAUGGAAAGUUUGUUUUGAUAAAAGUGGAAGUCGACUUGCGUCAGUGAGUGAUGAUAAAACAGUGAAAAUAUGGCAGGAGUACAUGCCUGGUAAUAAAGAAGGUGUUCAGACUACUGGAAAAGAUGGUACAUGGAAGUGUGUGUGUACCCUAUCAGGAUAUCAUAACCGCUCAAUAUUUGAUGUAGAUUGGUCAUGUUUAACUGAUAGAAUAGUUACAGCAUGUGGAGAUGAUUGUAUUCGUGUGUUUAAGGAGGUUAAUGGCUCAGAUUAUAAUCAGCCAUCUUAUAGUCUAACUGUAACUGUAACACAGGCACACGACCAGGAUGUUAACUCUGUAGCUUGGAAUCCUAAAAAGGAGAAUCUGUUAGCAUCAUGUAGUGAUGAUGGUACAGUUAAGUUAUGGCUAUACAAAGAUUAAAACUGAUUCAAAAUAGAAUGAACUGUUUAUAUAUAGAUGUGCUAGUUGUUUGAUGAAAUAGAAUAUUUGAUUUUCCCUUAGGAAGGUAUAUAUAUAAUAGAACUGUCUGUAUGACCUGCUGUCCGCCCGUCUUCUUUGUGGUUAACCUUUUUUUUGGAAAUUUCAACUUCCAUUCUUACCGCAUGGCAUUUCAGAUUUACUGCGCUCUCAUCAAUAUAUACAUUCAUGUCAACUUUGAUUUGAAACCUAUUGCAGCCAUCUGGUUAACUCAAUAGGUAGAGUGAUGAAUUGGGCGACCGGAGUUCGAUUCCUGUAUGGCGCAGGUCUCAUUUGUUGUGAUUGAUCAUGAAAUCUUUUUUACGGUCAUUCGCACUGUUACACUGCUCUUAUGCACAGAAGUUUUCAGUUCCUCGGAAAGUGAAGGCAACUAGUACUGGUAAACUGUUUGUCAGUCUGCCCAGGAAGGAUGCUGUGGCUGAACUGUGCUCUGGUGAAUUCAAUGUGGCUUACUGCCGUGAUUUGGAGUAAAAACUACCGACACCACAACCAUGAUUUGAAACUAACAGAGCUGUUCAAUUGCAGAGGAAAACUGCAAAAUUACCUACCUUUAAGAUUCACUAUUUGUACUUAAGGUAUAUAAUUAUAAAAUCUGGAUUCAGGAAGAAAACACAUUUUUUUCAAAAUGUAUAUGAAACUGUGAUGUUUUACAAUUAAGGAUAUUGGUAAAGUGAUUCCAUGUAAGUUUUGAAUUAAAGCUGUGAUUCACUAUAAUGUAUGCUUAAUAUGAAAUAAUGUGCUACCUUUGAUGUGGAAAGCUCGUAUAUAAUUUAAUAACAAGCGUAAAAUUUUCAGUAUUUUAACCAGGUCUUUCCUGGACUUGGUAAAAAAAGUAAAUCAGAUAGUUUGUACAGUUAAAUAGAUAUGAAUGAAUUGGUGUGUUCAAUCUAUCAUCAAAGUGUCCCCAGUGUUUUCGAAUAUCCUGUCUGCCAUUAAUGUUUAUCUGUAGCAGAGUUGUUGUUUUUACCAUAUACAUGUAUUUAUCAAAAUGGAUAUUAAAAGAUAACAAUUUAUGUUUA